CGGGGGCGGGCGCGGUGGCUGUCAGCUGACCGUGGCGGCGGCGGCCUGGCGGUGGCAACUGUUGGCGUCGCAGGCUCCGGCGGGGCGGGAGAGCUCGUCCGGCGUCACUCUCCGGGGCGAGGCGCACGGGCCGCCGCAGCACCAUGGCGACCACCGUCAGCACGCAGCGAGGGCCGGUGUACAUUGGCGACCUCCCGCAGGACUUCCUGCGCAUCACGCCCACGCAGCAGCAGCAGCAGAUCCAGCUGGAUGCCCAGGCAGCCCAGCAGCUGCAGUGUGGUGGGGCCCUGGGCACCGUGGACCGCCUCAACAUCACCGUGGUGCAGGCAAAGUUGGCAAAGAAUUAUGGCAUGACCCGCAUGGACCCCUACUGCCGCCUGCGCCUGGGCUACGCAGUGUAUGAGACGCCCACGGCUCACAACGGCGCCAAGAACCCGCGCUGGAAUAAGGUCAUCCACUGCACGGUGCCCCCGGGUGUGGACUCGUUCUAUCUCGAGAUCUUUGACGAGCGAGCCUUCUCCAUGGACGACCGCAUUGCCUGGACCCACAUCACGAUCUCUGAGUCGCUGCGACAGGGCGAGGUGGAGGACAAGUGGUACAGCCUGAGCGGCAGGCAGGGCGACGACAAGGAAGGCAUGAUCAACCUGGUCAUGUCGUUUGCGUCGCUGCCAGCUGCCAUGGUGAUGCCACCCCAGCCCGUGGUCCUGAUGCCAACCGUGUACCAACAGGGCGUUGGCUAUGUGCCCAUCACAGGGAUGCCUGCUGUCUGCAGCCCCGGCAUGGUGCCCGUGGCCGUGCCCCCACCAGCCGUGAGCGUGCAGCCCCGCUGCAGCGAGGAGGACCUGAAGGCCAUCCAGGACAUGUUCCCCAACAUGGACAGGGAGGUGAUCCGUUCUGUGCUGGAAGCCCAGAGGGGGAACAAGGAUGCCGCCAUCAACUCUCUGCUGCAGAUGGGCGAGGAGUCCUAGGCCUGCCUGCUGCCCCUUGCUGCCUCGGUGCCACCGGCUCUUUGGAUUUGCCAACCCAGGGGUUCCCUGAGGACCGCUGCCCCAACAAGAUUCCUGUGAAAGAACACCCCCUGUCACCCCUUUCCUCGGACAUCUGUGUCACCCCAUCCACACCCUGUUCCUGGGAAGCAUGCGGGUUUUCAGUCCCCAGCAGCCACGCUUGCCUGUUGUUCAGGGAGGGGUGGGGUGGUCCCUCCUUGUCCUGUGUUGGGAGAUGAUGGGUGUGGGGCCAUGCCACUCUGCACAGACUGUGUUCCUGUUGCACGGGGAUGUGGCCGUCCCCUUGUCAUGUUGUUCUGGAAAAUGCUCCUGUUGUAGAAAGCAACCGCCUCUGCCGGGUGUUAGAAACUGCUGUGUGUCCUUCUGAUUUGAUUGAUGACGUCCAGUUAUUUGACCUUAUUGGGGUAGACCUGUUAAGUUGAGGUACACAGUCCAUGCACACUGAUUCGUGAGUUAUUUUUAGAACUUUUGAGCUGAAGACUCACGUCCUUCCCGUGACAUUGUCUUUGUGAGCCUGGCCGACUCCCCAGCACUUCCGUCCUUGGUGAGCUGGGCCAUUGGUCUUGUCCUGUCAACGGCCAUAGGGCCGGCCUCUUGCCUGCUCACCUAGUCCCUAGGCCAGGCCUCAGGGACAGGUCUUGGUGUGAAUGCAGAAUGGGCCCCAGCCUGGCAUGCAGGAGGAAACCUGACGUGGCUGGUAGGGCUCUGCCUUGUCCCCGGUCAGUGCACGUUGGGAGCAGGGCCACCUUCGCUUGUGGGCAGCUGCAGCCUGCCCCCUGCUGUUUCAUUCCAACCCUGCGGAUGUCCCCAAGGGACUCCCCUCUUGUUGAUCAGCUCUUGCAGCGGGACCCAGAGCUAGGGUGACACAGUAACAGAUGUAGCACUGUGUGUGUGUCUGGCGAGGGGCAUUUAGGCUCUGCUGGCUUACUACUGAUUAUAAUCUACAUAAAUGCUGUGCGCCAGUACUGUAGUUUCGAUUUGGCUGAUAGGGACAGAAAUCUGGCAAAUGUUAAAAUUUAAAGCCUUUCAUAGGUUGGAGGUGCCGUAGCCGACCACCUGGCUGCUGUGUGUAGUGCCUCGGAUCGCAGACUUUUGGACCCAUAUUCUUGCUGCAGACACACAGGAGCCUUAGGGGCAGAUUGGGUGACACCUAGUUGUGAAGAUAAGAAACUUGAGGAGUUUUUCAAAAGUGAUGCACUUUAAAUGAGAGUCACGCUGCAGAAAAACUAGUGUUCUCUGCUGCGUGUUUGUGGCACUCGUGACUCUGCAGUGAGCGCUGGCUGCUGCUGCUCCUUUCACGUGUUUGCACCGAGCCUUUGGAUAUAAGAUACUAGUGGUAUGGACAUCAAGGUAAAUCCUAGCAAUUUGGACUUCUGGGAAAGAUUUAGAAUGGGGUAGUUAGUACUUAAAUUUCACUCUUUUUCACUCUCUAGAAAUACAGGUUAAAUUUUAAUGUCGGCUAGAAAAUAUUGGUUUCUGCCACCUGUUCUGGGUGCUUUUUGUCAAAUAUAUUGUUCAUAAAUAUUUAUUUUUGUAAACCUGAAGAAGUGUGCAGUGGUCGUAGGGGUGGGAUGAUGGUACCAAGUGCUUUUCCAAAGGUUUUUGCUCUCAUAGUGAAGAAAGACCUCUGCAUGUGUUAUGUAGAUGAACCAAGUGAGUCCCUGGAGUUCUUUCUCGGGCUAACUGGUCAUGGGCCUGCACAGCAGAUUUCUUGGAUGGCGGUGAAGUGUUAGGCGGGACCGUAACCUCCUGGACGAUUUGUUCAGUGACAUUCACACUCAGCCCAGGACAGAACACUGGCCUGGAACGUCAAGGCCUUCCUGCAGGUGGCGCUGGCUCCCGGGUUCCCGGCUAUGGCCACAAGCGCCUGGUUUCUGCCUUAAUGUUGCUGGGGUGCCGGCGAGGCCACCUCUGGUGCGUGCUGUUCUGUGGCAUCUCCUGGAGAUAAUGAGCACCAGUGGCUCCGCCACCACCCCAGGGUGGCCGUGCACGUGCAGGCUGGCCAUUCAUUUGAGGGAUAGCGAGAGUUUUAAGAUGACUCUGAACUUACCUAGUUCUCUUAUUUCCUUUUUCAUGAACAUUUUAUUUUUUUAAUGGCUCAAAGAAAGAUCACAUUUUAUAAAACUUUUAGUUAAGAUUCUUCUUGGCUUCAUUUAAUGCUCUACUUUCCUGCCUGAAAGCUUCCUGUGCAGAGUGGCUUGCUCAGUGCCAUUGAAAGUGACUGUUCCUCUUCUGUGCCUGCUCAGAGUCCUGAGGUGCAGAGUGCUGUCCACUUGUCCCCCGUGCUUACCUGUGUCUGGUUUGGAGAAAAGGUUGUCACACUUGGAAGGAGGGGCUUGACCUCCAGCUUGAAAGUGAAGGUCACAGCAGAUCUGGGGUCUGGCUUAGGCUCUUGGUGUCUGGGGACCCUGGCCUCCUCAGGUCUCCUUGGCGCUCCUGCUCCUCAGUUUGGAGGUCCAGGUCUCCAGCAAAGCCACAUGCAGUGGUCAGUGAGAACAGCUCAGCCGGGCCAUCUCUGCGCCUUAAGCAGGGGUCUGUGGUGUGGCCUGUGCUGUGUUUUCUUCUCGGCAGGUGCUGGCUGAGGUCCCAGCCCUGAGGUAGCUUCUGCUUUGGUGUCCCCGGGCCCGUGUCAGUGAUGGGAGAAGUACUGCAUGUAGGUAGACUCCCUUUCACAGACACUGCUCUGUGCGUUUGGCAGGAACGACUCUUAGAACUCCAGGUUCCUGAUUAUUUUGUUGGGGUCCAGUGUCCAGAUUCUUUCCGGUUGUAAAAUAUAUUUUACUUUUCAGCCUUCUAAUUUAAUAAAUGAUCCCUAUAAAAAUAAAGUCCUCUAAGGGAAAGUUUA